AUGCAUUCUCUAGACUAUGUUCUCGCCAUAUUGGCGACGGCGUCCCACGUAGCUGCGGUCCCUCGCGCGUCCCAUGUCCGUGGGAGCUCGUCACCGCCGGUCCAAAGAUACAUGGGCCCACCCUCGUCCUAUGUUUACAACCAGACUCGUGCCGAUGCUGUGAAGCAGACAUUCCAGAUCUCCUGGGACGGAUACUACCAAUAUGCUUUUCCUGGUGACUCUUUGCUGCCCUUGUCAAACACGUUCGAAAACGAUCGCAAUGGCUGGGGUGCCAGCGCCAUCGACGCGCUCAGCACGGCUUUGAUCCAGGGCAACACAGAGGUUGUCAACCAGAUCCUGGACUUUGUCCCAACCAUUGACUUCAGCGUCAGCUUCAACGACACUGAAGUGUCUCUUUUUGAGACUACCAUAAGGUAUUUGGGCGGCCUGUUGUCCGGCUAUGACCUUUUGAAAGGACCCCUCUCAACCCUUGUGAACGAUACGAGCAAGGUUGAGUCCCUUCUGGACCAGGCCAAGAACUUGGCCGACAACCUCAAGUUCACUUUUGACACGCCUACCGGCAUCCCGGACAACAGUCUCUUCCUCGACCCUCCGAGGAUUGGCAACUCAACAUCCAACGGUGUUGCAACCAUCGGCACGCUCAUCCUAGAGUGGCAGCGACUGUCCGACCUGACAGGCGACCCCUCGUACGGCGAGCUCGCGAAAAAGGGAGAGUCUUACCUGAUCAACCCUCUCAACCCGGAGCUAGGUGAGCCGUUCCCAGGACUCAUCGGCACCGAUGUGUCGAUCAGUAAUGGCUCUUUCCUGGACUCCAGAGGAGGCUGGACGGGAGGCACCGACAGCUACUAUGAGUACCUGAUCAAGAUGUACCUGUACGACCCGGACACGUUCUCGGGGUACAAGGACAAGUGGGUGCAGGCCGUUGACAGCAGCAUCAAGUACCUGGCGAGCCACCCAACAACCAGACCCGACCUGACAUUUUUGGCUUAUUACCGCAAUAAUACGGACACGGGCAUUGUUUACCUGUCGCAGCAUCUGGCGUGCUUUGACGGCGGCAACUUCAUUCUGGGCGGGCUAACGCUCAACGAGCCGUCGUACAUCGACUUCGGGCUGGAGCUGGUGGCGGGGUGCCGCGACACGUACACGCAGACGGCGACUCAGAUCGGGCCCGAGACGUUCCGGUGGUUGGGCGAGAAGUCGCCGGCCAACGCUACAGUGCCGCCUGGCAACGAGACCUUUUACGAGCGCGCGGGCUACUACAUCGACAGCGCCGAUUAUGUCCUGCGGCCCGAGGUCAUCGAGAGCUACUACUACGCGUACCGCGCGACGGGUGACCCAAUCUACCAGGAGUGGGCGUGGGAGGCGUAUCUCGCCAUCAACGAGACGUGCCACGCGGGCAGCGGGUACAGCGCCAUCAACGACGUCAACGUCCCCGGUGGCGGCGGGUUCGCCGACUUCCAGGAGAGCUUCUGGUUUGCCGAGGUGCUCAAGUACAGCUACCUGAUCCACGCUGAGGACGCUCCUUUCCAGGUAAAGGCAGACCACACGAAUGAGUUCGUGUUCAACACCGAAGCUCACCCUGUUCGGAUCCCUGGUGGGGAGAGUACGACGUGA